AUGAACAAGGAGAAUGUCCCGGCCACGCCGACCUUCACCAGGAAACGCGCAAAGUCAUUCUCCACUCCUCCCAGCGCCCGUCAACCUCCCCCAAAACAAGCACGCGGCAUUCUCAAGGGAAACGGCGACGAUGCACACACAAUCGCCUUCAUCCCCAUCCACUCCGCUUCGAAGCAAGUCUCCGGGAGUGCUGAAAAGCGUCGCAAAUCACUCAAUCGACGCGUCUCGUUCGCAUCCCAUGCAAGUGUGCGCUUGUUUGAAAAGGUAGGGGCAUCACCGCCUGAAUCAGGCACUGCUGCUUCUCCGAGAAGGUCGCCGCGUCGUGCAUCACCAGCGCGUUCACCUAUCGGUCGGGGAGCAGAUGAUAGCAAUGAUGAUCUGACCAUGGAUUUAACUGCCGUCUUUCCACCGUCCACUGCGGCUGCACCAGCAUUCAAGCUGAGUAACCCUUUGCUGCAGCACAACAAGGAUCUCGAUGCUGCAUCGUCAGACAGUGAGGAGGAUGAACUUGCUGGUGAAGAUGAUACCGCUGCCAUGGAUCUGACUGACGUUGUACCCACUUUGACACGCCAGCACACACCCAAACGCCAAGUCGCAUCGCCCUUUCGACGUGCUGCUGCUGCGAUGGAUCUCUCCGCUGAUGCAGAUGAGAGUAUGGAUAUGACGCGUGCAUUGGGACAGAUUCAUCCUGUCUCCUUGGCAAGUCAGUCGCCUCGCAAGCAAACUGCAGCAAUCCUCGAGCAAGACAUGUCGAUGGACAUGACGCGUCCUAUUGGAGGACUGCUGCAAGCUCAAAUAGACGAGCAGGGAGAAGAGGAUGACAGUGAAGUAUCCAUGGAAGAGACGCGUGUCUUUCAAGCACAACUCAUGGGUCAAUCUCCAGUCAAAUCGGAAACGGCAUCAGAUCAUACCUCUCACACUGUCGCUACUGUUGAAGAUGAUACUCAACGAGCGUUCAUUGGCGAAGGAUCAGCCACUGAGAUUGAUGUGCUUCAACCUCGUUCUACUCCCGUACGCACAGCUGCUCUUGCUUCACCUGCACGUUCUGCGAGCCGAAAAGUCAUGGUGCGUGUCACAACGCCCAAGCGUGCUUCACCAGUCAAGAAGGCUACACCCAAGACAAAAUCUCCAGUGAAGCAAGCAUUUGGCAUGGAUUUCUCAUGGGGCGCUCAACAGGUCCCUGCUAGCCCUAUGGAUGUCAGUAUGGCAGAUGCCAGCGCAUGUGGUGAUGAUGCAGAAGAUGUCACAAUGGAUAUGACGACUGUUCUCGGAAACAUUGACAGGAGUGGACCUGAUUCACCGGAUAUCUCCAUGAUGGACCGUGGCGAAACAACAGAAAUUGACAUGUCUUUUACGCGCGUCAUUAGCCACACUGCUGCUGCUGCAAGAACACCAGUUGCGUCACCAGAAAAGGCAAAGGUAGUCGUCAAGACGGCAUCACCUAAGAAGCGGUAUUCAUUGAGUACAGGUGCCGUUCGCUCACCCAUGUUGGAAGGGCUAUCGCCUGCACCAUUACCCAUUGCUCCUGUUGUUGAAGCACCAGCACCGAGUACACCUCAAGCACGGCCCACUUCUCGUCGUGCUUCGCUUUUGGAUCUGCCAGUCACCCUCUUCAACAGUCCCUCGAAAGUCGUCCUACGUUCCAUUGAUCGUCCUGAAUUCGGCAAGGAACUCAUCAAGACAACAGAUCUUCGAGUCUCUGUCCUUCGUGAGAAGCUUGCUCAGCUGACACCACGCAAGCAAGGCCAGCAGCAGCAACAAGAUGCCAACACACCGAAGUCCGUCCGGGCCGUUGCACCGGUUGCAAGUCCCUCGACUGCGCGAAAGGCUUCGGCAUCACCUACCAAGACACCCCUCAAAACACCAAGUCGUGCACCCUUGGGUAAAGCAGCGAUGCUUGCGCCCGUGACGCCAUUGUCGCCCAUUUCACUCAAAUCCUUCUUGGACAUGACGGGAAUCUCCUUCCUCACGGGUCUCUCCACCACACGCAGACGUGAAACGAUUCAUGCAAAUCAGGUGAUGACGCAAGACACGCCUGUUGAUGCUGAAGCUGCACGAAUGGAAGCGAAUGCAGGGGUCUUGCCAGUAUUGGAGAUGUAUCAACAUUCAUGCCGUGAACUCACACGUUACAUCUCAGAGGGACGACAUAUGUGUGAUGAGAUGGAAGCGUCGAUGAACGAUGAGAAUCCUGAGGUGUUUGAAGCAUUUAGGCGUGCCGACGGUCCUGGGAAGCGGGAACUUGAGGGUAAGUUUCGGGAUAUGAAGAGUGCUGCGCGGCUAGCAGCACGUGGUGUGUGGUAUGCCUGGCGAACGAAUCUCAUGAUGGGCGUAUCGCAGCCACUUGCCAGUAACUUCGAAGAUUUGCAGAGACAAGCGAAGGCCUUGGAAGUGAAGGAAGCAGAAGUUCUCCCAAAACAUGCUGCACUGGAGGAGGAUUAUGCAGCGUUGAAGGAACGUGUCGAGGCAUUGUUGCGUGAAGAAGACGCGUAUGAUGCUUCUGAUGUCGAGACUGCACUGGCGCUUGCUGCAGAGAACGAAGAAGUUGAACGGCAUUUACAAGCAGAAACCGAGUUGUCCGCCCAGCUUGCCCAGCAAGAAGCGAUGCUCCUUGCCGAAACGACGGCGCUGUCGAGUCAUCUCGCAGAGACUGGCAAGGAAGUCUCGAUGCUUGAACGUGAAGCGGCACAGCAGCGUGGAUUCAGUUUGGCAGAGCUUGCAGAGUUGCGACGGGUCUUGGUGGAGCUUGGUAGGCGCAGUGGAUGGGAGGUGAUUCAAGUGACCAAGCAAACAAUGCAGCUUGUCUUGUUGUCCAGUUUGGCUGUGUCUGUUCCAUUGCAAGGUGGCGAUGUGCCGUCUUUGUCGCUCAAGACGACUCCUGUUGAUCGGCUCGAGGCAACGCUGCUCAAUUACUACUUGGCGCAACUCCAGGCAUCGUUGGCUGAACAAGGACUCUCACCAAAACAAGCACUUGCCUGCAUCAAAGAGCAGUGGACCGCUGUUUGUGUCUUGGCAGAACAAGUCAAGUGCUUGGCCGGUGCGCAUCCAACCAAAGUGCAUAUUAACCAGGACGACAACCUUUGCAUUGACACAACGGUGCUGCUGUAUGCAUCAAGGACAAAGUUCAAGGUGUGCUUUACCGUGCCGCCUGUGUUGCUUGACUCGGAAGCGUUGGAGGUGCAGGUACAAGUGGUCUAUGGAGGAGUGGAUGGGAAAGCUGUUGAGCGGACCAUUGCAGGUCGCGUGCAAGGUAUUGCGAGCGAGAAGCCUGGGUGGCUGUUGGAGAGUAUCAAGAUGCCAGAAGGUCUCUAG